ACUAGGAAAAGGAUCUGUUUGGUAAACUUACAGGUUGAAACGUCAGCACUUUCUGACCGUAGAUUGUGACGUCAAUAACCGGUUGUUAACCGAUGCUUAACAAUUACAUGGUUUUUUUGUUCUCCCACUACGGCGAAAUGUGCGUCACAUCAUAGACCACUGUCACAGUCACACAUAUGUCAUUAAUAUAACACGGAACCAAUAUCUAUACAAUAGAAUUCUGUGAAAGCUUAGUGUUUCGUAACAAGUGUGCAAAUUUACAACAGGGGCGUCGCUUCCUUCCUUGACUUUAUUGUUUCAACUUUAUUCGAAGAAUAUUCUGUCUCUCAAGAAUUUUCGUGAUUAAAAUAGAAAAAUGAGUUACGGGUAUCAAGGACCACCGAUUCAGUUUCCUGGACAACCGCCAACAUCGUUCGGAGCUCCGCCAGGUACACCCUCUGCUCCUGGUGCUAUGCCUUAUCCCCAAACUGGCAACAUAGGUUUCCCUAACGCUCCUCCUAUGUCCUUUGGAAUGCCAAUGCCUUAUGCUCCUUAUGAAUGCUCUACUACAACCCAGUCAAAUCAACCUAUGCCUGGACAAUGUCCUCCUCUACCACCCAGAGGACCUUCGAUGCCUAUGCCUCAGUCUGUCCCUUAUCCGACACAGCAAGCACAUACAAUAUAUACCAGCCACAUCUCUCCAUCCUCGCAUCAACCAAACUAUAAUAUAUAUCCAAGUCUCCAGCGUGCACCUGAGGCAAGAGAAGCUUUCAAUAGCCCUUCCCCUUAUCCUUCUGCUCCUAACGUUUCUGCGAACAAUGCAAGCUUCUAUCCAGGCGGAAGUUAUUCCGGGGGGCAGGCUACUUAUUCUCUAUAUGGAGGCAAACCUGCUUCUCCUCAACAUUCACGCCCAGCCCCCCGAAGAGAUCAAUUUACGCCCAAGUUAUCUCCCACUGUUGUGCCCUGCAAUGAUUUCGAUCCAAGGGCUGAUGCGGAAGCUUUGAGGAAGGCUAUGAAGGGAUUUGGGACCGAUGAGAAGACCAUCAUUAGUAUAUUAACUGAUCGCAUUAAUUUGCAGCGUCAAGAGAUCGCUGUACAAUUCAAAACCUUAUAUGGAAAGGAUCUUCUCAAGGAUUUGAAGUCCGAGUUAUCAGGCAAUUUUGAAAAAUUAAUUCUCGCUAUGAUGAUGCCGCUGCCACAAUACUACGCAAAGAAUUUACAUGACGCAAUGGCCGGUGUUGGUACGGACGAGUGCGUGCUUAUCGAGGUUCUUUGUACCAUGUCCAAUCAUGAGAUUCGUGUUAUUAAACAGGCUUACGAAUUAAUGUACGGGAGAUCGUUGGAAGAUGAUCUGAGAGAUGAUACAUCCGGAAACUUCAAACGUUUAAUGGUAUCACUAUGUUGUGCUAACAGAGAUGAGUCAUUCGAUGUGGAUCCCGAUGCCGCAAUAGAAGAUGCCAAAGAAUUACUCAGAGCUGGUGAACUACAAUUUGGUACCGAUGAGUCAACGUUCAACGCCAUUCUCGUUCAGAGAAACGUACCACAAUUGAGACAAAUAUUCCAAGAAUACGAUAACAUAACUGGACACACUAUUGAAACUGCUAUCGAAAAUGAAUUUUCUGGCGACAUUAAGAAGGGCUUACUUGCUAUUGUAAAAUGCGUAAAGAAUCGGCCUGGCUUCUUUGCUGAACAAUUAUAUAAGAGUUUGAAGGGCAUCGGCACCGACGAUGACCAUUUGAUCAGAUUGGUCGUCACUCGUAGCGAAGUGGAUAUGGGCGAGAUCAAACAAGCCUUCGUGCAACAGUAUACUGAAACACUGGAAGACUAUAUCAAAGGUGACUGUUCAGGCCACUACAAGAAAUGCCUUUUGGCCCUAGUAUCUUAAAUAAACUGCGUCAACAAUGGAUUAAACAAAUGGUCAAGGUAUACCUAAUUGUUAAAUAUUCGAUAAGAUACAUUCGUGUCUACUACUUCGUUUUAUUCAUGAAUAUUAAUGUCGUGAGCAUUUCAUGUUGAAACGUUUUUAUGAAUAUAAGGUUCCUAUAUGCAUAAAAUAUUUUAUUGCCAAUGUUUACACAUAAUGAAUCUCACAAGCUUUCAUGUACCUUGAGAGAAACUUCAAUUAUUAUACCAGUUAUAUAAAUCUGAAUUCUAUUUUAUAAAUGCUUAUAUACAUAUGUACCUAAACAAAUGAUGAGAAUAAAGUAUAAGAAAACUCUCACGAAAAAACACUGCA